AGCCAUAUCACUGUGAUAUCUGUGGUAAUCAUUCUCUCAAAGUUGUAAUCUAAGAAGGCACAGACGUGUUCAUACUGGAGAAAAACCAUAUCAGUGUGAUAUCUGUGGUAAAUCAUUUUCUGAAACAGCACUUUAACUCGUCACAAAUUUAUUCUAUGGGGGAAAAGCCGCAUCAGUGUGAUAUCUGUGGUAAAUCAUUUUCUCGAAGUGCUGACUUACCUAAACACAAACGUACUCAUACAGGAGAGAAACCAUAUCAGUGUGAUAUCUGUGGUAAAUCAUUUUCUCAAAGAUCUGAUUUACCUAGACACAAACUUACUCAUACAGGAGAGAAACCAUAUCAGUGUGAUAUAUGUGGUAAAUCAUUUUCUCGAAGUGCUGAAUUACCUAAACACAAACGUACUCAUACAGGAGAGAAACCAUAUCAGUGUGAUAUCUGUGGUAAAUCAUUUCCUCGAAGAGCUGAUUUACCUAGACACAAACAUACUCAUACAGGAGAGAAACCAUAUCAGUGUGAUAUCUGUGGUAAAUCAUUCUCUGGAACUGCUGAUUUACCUAGACACAAACGUACUCAUACAGGAGACAAACCAUAUCAGUGUGAUAUCUGUGGUAAAUCAUUUUCUGAAAAUAGCACUUUAACUCGUCACAAACGUAUUCAUACUGGGGAAAAGCCAUACCAUUGUGAUAUCUGUGGUGAAUCAUUUUCUAGAAAUUACAAUUUAACUGAUCACAAACUUAUCCAUACAGGAGAGAAGCCAUACCAUUGUGAUAUCUGUGAAUAUAACAUCCUGUUGAUAUGAAAGAAAUUACUUCAUUCAGAUGUGCCUCUGAUAUUCUAUCAGCUCCCAUCAACCAAAGGAAGAUGAUAUAUUUAUAAGGAGCAUUCAUCAAUACAUCAAACCCAUCUUAUAAAGGAAAUCUGUGAAAAACAACAGCAAAAUAUUUCUUCUGGACGAUGGAAUUAACAGCAACAAUUUGAAGUCUUUCCUGUCUGGAAUAUAGAGGAGAUGAUUGUUUUACAGGUUAAUUAAGCUUGGAUAACUUUACAAAGCGGCAGGCAAUUGUCACCUCUUGAUUUAGAUAUUAAGCAAAAUCUCAGAUGAAAGAAGCAUAGCAUUAAAUUAUUCUCUGAAAAUAGCAACAC